GUGUGUGUGUGAGUAAGUGUGUGUGUGUCUAUAUUAGGAGGCAGAUGAAGCUCCUGAUGUCCAAACAGGAAGCUCAUCUUUAAUCUUCUUCUUCUGCUGCUGCUGCCGGUGGUGUGAGCGCUGACAUGGAGCUGCAGAGGUCGAUCAGCUGUGACGACGACGAGAUGGUGGCGGACUAUGAGUCGUCUGUCACUCAGGAGAAAAAAGACUCUGCUCGUCCAAUCAGCGUAAAGACGGAUAAAUCCGGUCGUCUUCUACUCGAGACUCCUGCUGACCUUCAAAAUCUUCUUCUUCUGAGGAAAACUAAGAAAGAGCAGAAAGCAGCUGUGAGGAAAUCUGCAGCUCCCCCUGCUGCCCCGGUGGUGCCGUAUUAUGUGGACGAGGAGGAUUUCUUUAAAGCCUGCGAUCAGAAUCAGCUGCUGUUGAUUGACAGGUACCUGGAGACAGGCGGAGACGUCAACGCCCGGGACUCGUUUGAACGUACAGGCCUGCACAGAGCGUCCUCUAAAGGUCACACAGAGGUCAUCACUAAGCUGAUUGAAGCCGGAGUGAACGUUCACCUGAGAGACAAGCUCAUGUCCACGUGUCUUCACUGCGUCUGUCGAGGAGGAAACGUGAGCGCGCUCAAACUGCUGCUGAACCACGGAGCGGACAUCACGGCGAAGGACAAGCUGGACAGCACUCCUCUUCAUGUCUCUGUGAGGACCGGACAUCAAGACUGUGUCGAACAUCUGAUUCACUGUGGAGCCGAAGUCAACACACAGGACAAAGAGGGAGACUCUCCUCUUCAUGACGCCGUUCGUCUCAACAGAUGUAAAAUCGUUCAGCUGUUGUUGCAGAACGGAGCCGACACACACGUCACCAACCAGGACGGCUGUCGUCCUCUCGACAGCGUGUUGGAGUGGCAGAAUGAAACACGGACUCUCCUCGUCAAACAGGAGUGAACUCUCACAUGUUCAUCAGUAAUAAAAGAUAACCUUACAUUGAGCUGAAG